AUGUUGACAGAACUGCUUGUGGAAGUUGUAUUGUUAUUCACUGCUUGUGAAAGUGGUAUUGUUAUUGACAAUAAAAUCUGUUCAGAAAAGUAUUAUGAGCCAGAGAAGUUCAGUAGCAGAGUUUCUGUGUUUGGCUUUAAAGAUCAUUGUGCACCACCUUUUGAACUUAUUGAACAAUCUUGUGUUGAUAUGGAUAAUUGGUUGACUAAAGAUGUUGAAAAUGUUGCAAUAGUUCACUGCAAAGAUGGAAAGGGGCGCACAGGCACAAUGAUAUGUGCAUAUUUAUUGUAUAAAGGUUUCUAUGAUAAUGCAAAAGAUGCAAUGGAUUACUAUGCAGUAUCUCGAACUGAAAACAAAAAAGGUGUCACAAUACCCAGCCAAAAGAGAUAUAUAGAAUACUUCAGCUACUACCUAAAACAUAUAAAAAAUCAACCGGGUAUUGGUUUUGAUAGAAAAACUGUUUUUCUCAAAUCAUUCACAUUUAUUGGAAUUCCUACAUUCACCUAUGGAACUUGUGUUCCAAGUUUUGUUGUUUUUUCGGGAGAAGUUGAGCUUUAUAAAUCCAAAACUUUUGAGAUAAAGAAAUCCGAGAAAGAAUAUACAAUGCAUUUGAAAAAUCCACUUCCGCUUUGUGGCGAUAUUAAAGUAGAUUUCUUUCACAAAGAUUUAUUUAAAAAGGAACGCAUGUUUGUUUUUUGGUUUAAUACUACUUUUUUGGAGCACGACAUAACACAAACUCUCCCAAUUACAAGCGAUAAAAAUGACAACGUAAAACGCAUCUUGUUCAGUAAAAAUGAGCUUGAUAAAGCAAAUAAAGACAAAAAACACAAAUUUUUUCCUGAGAAUUUUAAGCUAUCUAUAAACAUUGCACUUCCUGAAAAUGGGAAAGAAGAUAACGAUAAAGGAUGUAAUAAUAAAGAAAAGAAAAAAUGUGAUGAUAAAUUAAAAUCUAAAAAUGAGAAAUUAAAUUCUUCAUCUACAGAUAAAUUAAAUGAACUUAGCGAUACACGAAAAGUUUCACCAACUUCCCCUGAAAAUUUUAGUAGGACAUUAUCUCCGUCUUCUACUAAACGAGAAAGUUCUUCCUUAAACAAAGGUGACUCUCUUACUCGUUCCUUAAGUCCAUCUUUAGACGCCGUAACUGUAGAUGAUGCACCUACAGUAGAAGGAGAACAAUUAAGUGAUGACGACGAAGAAGAAGAAGAACAGGAACGCAUGUUUGUUUUUGGGUUUGAUACUACUUUUUUAGAGUACGACAUCACGUCAAUUCCUAAAAUUACAAGCAAUAAAAAUGACAACGUAAAACGCAUCUUGUUCAAUAAAAAUGAGCUUGAUAAAGCAAGUAAAGACAAAAAACACAAAUUUUUUCCUGAGAAUUUUAAGCUAUCUAUAAACAUUCCACUUCCUGAAAAUGGAAAAGAAGAUAACGAUAAAGGAUGUAAUAAUAAAGAAAAGAAAAAAUGUGACGAUAAAUUAAAAUCUGAAAAUGAGAAUUUAAAUUCUUCAUCUACAGAUAAAUUAAAUAAAUUUAGCGAUACACGAAAAGUUUUACCAACUUCCCCUGAAAAUUUUAGUAGGACAUUAUCUCCGCCUUCUAAAAAACGAGAAAUCCCUGUCUCAAACAAAGAUGACUCUCUUAAUCGUCCCUUAAGUGCAUCUUUAGACGCCCUAACUGUAGAUGAUGCACCUACAGCAGAUGAUGCACCUAUAGUAGAAGAAGAACAAUUAAGUGAUGACGACGAAGACGACGAACAGGUUACGGAGAUUUAAACACUUAAAUUUUUUUCCAACUUGUCCGUCAUAAAAUAAAAAUGACGAUGAAAUCUAUUGACAUCUUUUGAACGGCGUUGUAACCUUUUAUAAAAAGUCACAAAAGAUGGAGUUCCAAUAAACUACA